UCAGCUGUUGGUCAACUGGGAAUGUAUUUACUGAGAGUAGGAAACUUGGAUGAGAGCGAACAAUACUUGAGAGAAUGUCUGGACAUAUACAGACAUUCACUCCAAGAGAAACAUCCUCAUACAGCAUUUCCAUUGAAAUAUUUGGGAAAAUGUCUGAUGAAACAAGGGAACAACAAAGAAGCAGAAAAACUUCUUUCUGAAGCUGUCGGCAUUCAAGCAGUUGGUCUCCAUCAACAUCAUCCUGACAAAAUUGACACAUUGAUUUUAUGGUCAGAAUGUUUGCUAAAUAUUGCUGACUACACACGUGCCCAGCCUGCUCUAUUCGAUGCUCUUCAAAUCAUCAAUAGUAACCAGCAGCCGAGCAACAGCAGGCAGAGAUCUGAAGUAAUGCGUCUACUAAGGAGACUGAGCCCAUUCCAACGGCCACAAUCUGGAGAGACAAUUAUUGGUGAAGGGAAAGCAGAAGAAGUGGAACAGACAGAUGAGAGAAGAAAUAGACUUGAGAGAAAGUCAUGGAUUGAGGAUCAGGGUGACGAUCAUCCUGAUCAAUCUCCACCCACAAUGGUAGAAAAUCUUGACAUUUGUGAUCUGUGCCACCCAUUGUGGGUGGGUGGUACAUUGGAAGUGUUGCACGUUGGUAGCAGUGAUGGCUUGUCAUUCCAUGAGACGAUCGGCAGUGAGGGAGGAGAGCUGAGUGCUGGCAGUGUGAGUAUUACUGUUCCAGCGGGUGCCGUUCAAUCACCAACACAAUUCUCCAUUCAUUCAUUCAUGCAUGAUAAGUAUAUGCCUCCCGUCUCUGCUAGUGGCUACCAAGUGGUCAGUCCAGUUAUUUUUCUUGGUCCCCAUGACGUGUCAUUCAGCAAGCCAAUCAAAGUGUGUAUCAACACCAUAGCUGAUGUGACUUCAGCAGGCGGGUCGUUCACUCUGAUGAGAUGUGAAUCAAGACUCAAUGAGACAAAGUGGAGAUGGCGUGGUGUGGUAGUGUAUUCUCCUGAUACUCAGGAAGUGCAGUCACACAUUCCAUUUGAUCCCAACAGCUGGUCAGUGGAGGUGACCAGUUUUAGUGGGUGGUUGUGGCUUGUUAGUUUUAUUAAGAGCCCAACCAUUUUAUUCAGAAGGAAGAUGGGAUGUGUAGUUCUUAGUCAAAGUCUUUCUUCUUGCAAAUGGUCAUUGUCUGUCCAUCUUUUCAAUUCAUAUGAAGAAAUUGGUCAGAAAAUUAUUCGUGACCAUCAAGGACAUGUAUCAUUGCCUGCUAUCCAGCUCUGUCCAGUGACAGAAAUUAUAGUUCGUAAACAAGGUCAUGUGGUCAUGAAGCCUCAACUUGGUCCAGAAUGGUCAUUGUGUCGAGGUGAUGUAGAAGUUCAGCUUCCAACCAGACAUCUGUGGAGACAAUCAUUUGAUCACGAUCAUUGCUUCACAUUUGUUGUUGAAGCCAUUGACUCUUGUCCUGAUAGUUUAGAAUUUCCUGUUCGUGUUGAGUACAUCAGACAAGGUGAAGUGGACUUCAGUCUCACAUUGGAAGCAGUUCACAAACUGUCCAAAUCAGCUGAUUCAUCAAAUUCCAGUUUACCUUCUCAGUCUCCUCUUCCAGAUGAGGAACAGGAAGCAUUGUUCUUCUGUAGUGAAGAGGGUCUAUAUUCUUCUGGCUCCACAUCUUCAUCAACAGCAGCAAGGGAUAGAACUUCAUCACAAAGAUCCAUAAUUCAGCAGCCUGCUGAUGUACACACUGUCAGUCAAUGUGAUGUCAGUCCCAUCUAUAGCAAAGUUCAAGAGAAAAGUCCAUUGCUAGUUCGUCUUCCUGUUGGAAGUGAAGUUCCUUACACAGGAUGUAUAUUCCGGUACAUAGAUACUACAGGUCAGACAGUUGAAGAAGUUCCAGGAGAAAGGCUGGAUAGUCGUACAAUAGAAACUGUUACUCCUGCUUGGCCACGUGCUGAUCGAGUGGAGAUACACAUAUUUCCUUCAGAUGGACAAACUCGUCUCGGAUAUUUUGUACACGUUUUCAUUGACCCAUCUGCAGAGAUGUUACCUCGUAUUGUCAAUCAUGAAGAUGACAGCAGCAUAGUACCAGGAGCAGUAAACCAAGAGACAGACAAAGUGGAAACAGAGCAACAAAAGAGACUAGAGUCAAGUGCAAAGAGCAAAUGCACAGACAAAGAGAUGUUGUCCGUCACUUGUAAAGUCUUUGCUUGUUGGCAGGAAUUUGUAUCCCAUCUAUCACCGACCUUCUUCACUAUGGACAGAAUAGAUAGAAUAAAAGGUAAUUACCAUAAUAAUUUAUUUUUGCAGACUAAAAAAGCAUUGGAAAUGUGGACAAAGAAAUAUGGCGUCAAAGCCACUCGACGCUCAAUAAUCACAGCAAUGUGUGACAUCAAUGACAGAUUGCAGGCAGAACGUAUUUUUUGCCGCGACUUGGUGGAGCAUGUUUGUCCAUAUGCAUCAAAAUGACUGCAUUUGUACAAACUUUAUUUCUAUAACGUUUUAUAUAUUAUUCACGUUAUCAUGAACUCCAAUUAUCUUGUUUUAUAUACACACGUUCUGCUACUUGUUCUACCACGUGUCCUUCUCUUCACUUGCCUUGUACAUUGUCAGUACAAUGAAUGU